AUGGAAGAUCUCAUUGACAUUAAUGUGGAAAGAAAUUUUCAUGACAUUACCUACAUUAUAAAUAUAAAUGCAAAUAACGAAGUUUUGACAAUAGAAAUAGAAUCAAAAUAAUCAGGAGAUUCUUGGAUUGCAAAUUUUUAAGCAUCUUAUAUUGAGGAAAUAACAUCCAAAACAGGAAAUUAUAAAAAAUACUCAACUUUUAUAAAGAUGUUGUAAUCUGCAAUUAAAAAUUAAACUGAGACUGUCUAUAUUGAUAUUCUGACUUUUUAAGAUUUAGAGUAAAUCAAAAACAAAAGGCCUAAAUAAAAUUAAUAGUAAAAUUUGACUCCAAACAAUAAGCGUUACUUGAUUCUCAGUUAUAUUGUUGAAUUCGAUAAAGUUCAUUAUCCUUUACCUCUUAAUUUUAAUGAGUAACCUAAUAUUUAACAAAUGAAACAAACGAUAAUAAGAUUAAGAAAGGAGAAUGAAUAAUAAGCAAAGCAAUUAUCAACUAUCUUAGAAUCAAAGAAAAAUGAGACUAAUCCUUUAGAAUUAAUAAAUGAAUAAAAUAAAGAAAUUGAGUUUUUGAAAAAUCUAUUAGAAUAAAAGGAUAGAGACAUUUUAGAGUUCAAAAACAUAGCUCAUUAACAAUCUACAACUACUGUAAACAAACAAGAAUAUAUGGAGUUGAGAUCCAAAUAUUUGUAAAGUGAAAAUACAAAUGCAGAAAUGACCAAAAAGGUGAUAGAAUUAGAAGAUUGUCUUUAAUAAAUUAUAGAUGAAAAUCAUCUAUUAAAAAAUUAGGAUAAGAAAAAUAAAUAAAGGAUUACCUCUUUAGAAUAAGAACUUUAAUAAACUUUAACAAGAUCUAAAACAAAAUUCUAGUCAAAUAUUUCAAGAUCUCCUUCAACUUCCAAAUCUUCUAAUUAAUUAAAGGUUUCAAGUAGUAUAAAUAAAGUAUUAUCUAAAAAAAAAAGUGCAGAAAAAACAACUCCUAUCAGAGUAUAAAUUAUAUUUGAUAUAUUUAGCUUAGGAAGGAAAGUUUUGAUAGUGACACUGAAUCAUCUUUUAGACGCAAAUCGAAUUCAAAAAGAACUGAACAAAGUCCUUCAGCUAGAUCAAACUCUUCUCGUAAGACAUCUUAAAAAUUAAAAUCAUCGAAUUCAAAUUUAUUCAAAAAAUAAAAAGUUUCAUAAACAAAUGAAUCCAAAAAGUUUGAAGAUCCAGAAGAACAGAGACUAUUAAAAAGAUUGAGAGAUCUAAGAGAAAAAAAUAAGGAAAAUACAAUUAUAACUACUUCUUCAAAUAAAAUGGAAGCAAGUUGUGAAGAUUUGCAUAGUAUAGAUGAAAGACUAAACAAAUUAAAUAACCUAUUGCAAAGAGCAAAACAUUAAUGA